UUGUAAACACGCUUUCUGCACACGUAUGUUUUUUAGUUAUGCAGAAGCAUCACCCAUUGAGUAAUGAAUACCCCAGAGUAAUAAGGUUGGAUAGGGGAGGUUAUACUACUUGUAACAUCAUCCUAAAGGGUGCUUCUAUCACUUCGUGGAGAAUUGAAGAUGAAGAACAGCUAUUUUUGAGUCGGCGUACACGCUUGGACGACUACCAUAAAUACAGAGGAGGUAUAACGAUAGUUUUCCCGCAUUUUGAAGAUUGGUCGUUUGGUAGAAACCACGGUUUUGCCAGGGAUCUAAUAUGGAGUGUGAAAGACGGUCCGAAAACUGACCAAUAUGGCGAUGUGCAUUUAGAAUUGUCCUUAAAGUCUAAUUGCUUCACAAAGUCAAACUGGAACUACGAUUUUGAUCUUCAAUAUAGAAUAAUCCUAAAAGAAAGAUCGUUGGAUCUGAAACUUCUCGUUUUAAAUCUGAGUAAACACGAAACAUUUUAUUUUCAAAUUGCUUUCCACUACCAUAUUAAAGUGAAGGACUCCAACAAAGUGGCUGUAGCUGGUGUCAAGAACUUGAUGUAUAGGGAUUUCUUAGAUAGUUCUAUGGAACUCCCUUUUAAGACGUUUUAUAACGACAAGUUCCAAUUAGCGACGCCCAUUGAUGUAGUAAUUUAUAAUACAGGCAAUGCCUUGCAAUUCAUUUCAAAAGGCGAUGAUAAAAUAAUAGGCAUUACGAAAACUUCGAAUAUGCCAGACUUUUCCAUAUGGUCCACAGGACUUCGUCGGAAUCUACCUAAUCCUCGAGAAUUUGAUGCAGAUGAAUUAACAAGUUUCAUAGGCACUGACAUUGGUAACUUAUCCAAAGUGUAUUUAGCCCCGCAAUCUACUUGGUUGGCUUCUCAAAAUAUAGAAAUAAAAAAGGAAAAUCAAACACGCGGUAUAAUGAAGAAUUUCAUAGAUUAUUUUGACGAUAUUUGUUAAUUUUAAAUAAACUAUAAUAACCUCAAUUAGAGACUAAAUCAUUUAUACAAUCGCAAAUUUCAUUCGUCAAUCACGCUUGAAUUUCUUCAAUACAGGUAUCACAAAAUUUGUACUAGUACAAAAAUUGAUUUUAAUUAAAAUGUGACAUUUGAAAAGACAUUGUCAUAUU